GGCCGUAGUCGGAGCCAGCUCCAACACAUUCAAAUUUCCUGCUAUUACAUAGGACUGCAUCAGUAUGGGCCUUGUUCUCUGCAUCUAUAUCUCCAAUGUCGUCCUCCCAGUUUUCUCUGUUCGAUUUGCUCUCGUCCACACUAGACUCCCAAUGGUCGCAGGCGAAUGAAUCGCUCAUAUUGGAACCCUUUACUUAUACUUCCUCCAAGCCUGGCAAGGGAGUCCGUACACUACUCCUUGAGGCUUUCAAUAUCUGGCUUGCAGUUCCGUGCAACCAGUUCAAGGUCAUAGACCGUGUCGUCCAAAUGCUGCACAAUGCAAGCUUGAUGAUCGAUGAUAUAGAGGAUGACGCGCAGCUGCGAAGGGGGCAGCCUGUGACGCAUAAAAUAUAUGGCGUCCCGCAAACUAUUAAUACUGCCAACUACGUAUAUUUCUUGGCCUAUAAGGAGCUCGCGAAGCUGAGAAGGCAGUGUGAAGAUGGGGGUGAGGCGAGGGUGGGAGGCGCUAGGGAUUUGGACCUGAUAGUCACAGAAGAGCUUUUGAACUUACACCGUGGACAGGGGAUGGAGAUCUUGUGGCGGGAUUUGUUGCAGUGCCCAACGCUGGAAGAGUAUACUUAUAUGGUCAACAAUAAGACUGGCGGUGGGUUUAGGAUGCCUGUCAAGUUGAUGAUGGCGCUCGCAACGAAGAACCUCGACGUCGAUUUUAUCCCUCUGGUGAAUAUUAUUGGGGUGUACUUCCAGAUUCGGGAUGACUACAUGAACUUGCAAAGUACAGAGUACAACGACAAAAAGGGCUUUGCAGAAGAUCUCACAGAAGGCAAAUUCUCCUUCCCAAUUGUUCACGGAGUCCGUGCGGAUGACCAGAAUAAAGUUGUGGCGAGCGUGCUACAAAAACGUCCAACCACACCGACUCUGAAACACCACGCCAUUGACUAUCUGCGGACGAAGACAAAGUCAUUUGAUUACACGCUUGUGGUGAUGCAAAGCUUAGAGCAACAGGUCUGUUUGUCCGUUGUGCCUGCACACUCGCUGCUGAGUUUCUGUUUUGUAAUUCAGGCCCGGGAUGAGAUUGCACGCCUUGGCGGGAAUCCCAAGCUUGAGAUGAUGCUUGAUGUCCUCCACGUGUAAAAUAUAAUUUAUGGAGAUCAUGGCCUUCAGCUCAAGUUGAAAGCGAAACUUGCUGACUACGUCUUUGAGGCGGUGGAAUU